GCGACCAAUACCCUCAUUCUCAAAACAAAGUGUGGAAAGACGUAUCGCGUACCUUUCAUAGGUACCAAUGCGACACCACGCCCUGAUCCUCCUCCCCCGGAGCCUUCCGUGCCCACACCAUCUCCUUCUAUCACUGUCACCUCGCCUCGGCAGUUCGCCCACUUCAUCCGACAGGACAACGUCACUUUCUUUAUGGUGAACGUGAUGGAUCUCUUACACUAUGAUCCACGCUGUUUCGACGCCGAGCUCAUCCCUCUGGAGCCAGAUCCUCCGUCUAUCUCCAUGGCUCCCAUCUCUACUUCCCACCCCCCGCCGUCCGUCGAGUCCGCCCCGUCGUCGCGCGCCGACGUUGACGUUGAGGAACUCGCACGCUAUACCGCCGACCUGGAGCCCGCAGUUCGUGACCUCAUUCGAGAGUACCACGACGUGUUUCCAUCGUCGUUCUCGUACGCUGGCAUCCCACCGAUGCAUGACGUCGAGCACUCCAUCCAGCUCGUGCCUGACUAUCGUGUUCACCAUCAGGCACCCUACAGACUCUCGAUCCUCGAGGCCACCGAACUCAAGCGUCAGCUUGAGGAGCUCCUGAGACUGGGUUUCAUUAAACCCAACAACUUCCCGUGGGGUGCAUGCGUCCUCUGUGCUCGCAAAGCGGAUGAAACUCUCCGUCUCUGCAUCGACUAUCGCGGUCUCAACCACUACACGGUUAAGAGCAGCUACCCCAUGCCUCGUUCCGAUGAGCUAUUCGACCGGCUACUAGGCAACCGCUUCUUUACGAAGAUUGAUCUUCGUAGUGGUUACCAUCAGAUCCGCGUCGCUGUAGCCGACCAGCCGAAGACAGCGUUCGGAUCGUGCUUCGUCCACUACGAGUUUACGGUGAUGCUAUUCGGUCUCACCAACGCACCCGCUACCUUCCAGAGGGCGAUGAACGACAUCUUCAGGGACGUCCUGGAGCAGUAUGUUCUCGUCUACCUCGACAAUAUCCUGGUCUACAGUCGUACCCUUGAGGAGCACCUCAGACACCCCCACGGUGUCCUUGACCGCUUGCGCAGACAUGGCUUUUACGCCAAGCUGAGCAAGUGCCGCUUUGUCCAACACAAAGUGGAUUUCUUAGGAUACUAUGUGUCUGACCAGGGUCUCCACAUGGACGAUGCGAAGAUCACUGCUAUUGCGGAAUGGCCCCUACAUGUCCGAGUAGUUGCAAAGUUCCAUGACCAGGCAACCGCCGGUCAUAUGGGCUUCCACAAGACGUUGGCUCGUGUGAGCCGCCUGUACGUCUGGCCGAAGCGCAAGGACUUUGUGAAGGACUACGUCGCAGAGUGUCCCACUUGUCAGGAGGUGAGCAGUGCGAACCACCUUCCUUAUGAUUUGCUCCAGCCUCUUCCUAUCCCUAAGGGUCAUUGGCAGUCCAUCUCGAUGGACUUUAUCGGUCCUCUUCUUCCUCCGAGCCCCCGCGGUCAUGAUGCUAUCUUGGUCGUCGUCGACCGCUUCACGAAGCGUGCACGCUUUGUUCCGUGCCGCUAUGCCAUCAGUGCACGUGAGGUCGUUGACAUCGUGUUUGACCGAGUCGUGCGUGACCACGGCUUACCUCUGAGCAUCAUAUAUGAUCGUGACCCACGCUUUACCAGCCGAUUCUGGCGACGGCUCCACGAGGUUUACGACACCCAGCUCCGCUUCUCCUCGUCUUACCAUCCCCAGACUGAUGUUCAUAUCGAGGUCACGAACAGGACUCUCAGAGAUAUUCUCCGAAAGAUUGUUCGUAACGACCAACAAUGGGAUUUCCAUCUUGCCCACGUGGAGAUAGCGUACAACCACACCGUCUCGCCAGCCACGGGGAUGUCGCCUUACUAUUGCAACCUCGACUAUCACCCUCGUGUUCCCGCGGACUUCCUUCGACGGUCACAGAUGCACCCCGACACGAGUUGUCCCGCGCUGGAUGAUUGGGUUGCACACAUGACGUCGAUCAUGAAGACCGCACAUGAGCACAUAGUCGCUUCCCAGACUCGCAUGGCCGCACGUGCGAACCGAUCGAUGAUGGAUCAUCCAUUCAAAGUCGGUGAUGAUGUGCUUAUCGACGCCCGCCACUUACAGCUCGAAGCGGAUACGCUUUGCAAGUUUUUGCGUCACUUCUUUGGCGCAUGCCGCAUCCUCCAGGGCGUCGGUUCUGAUACGGCAUCUAGCCUGGUCAGCUUCCGUGUGAAGCUGCGCGACUACCUACGCCAGGCUCGUGUGCACGAUGUCUACCACGUCUCGUUACUGCGUCCCUACGGCAGACCGUCUGAGCGUUUCGUCGGACGCCCAUACGAGCGCCCUCUACCCAUCAUGGUGGACGGCCACGAGGAGUUCCUCGUUUAUGACAUCAUUGGUCGCCGAGUCACCGACGACAACCCUCCUCACACCGAGUAUCUCGCACGUUGGAAGGGUUACCCUGAUUAGGAGGCUACCUGGGAGCCCCUCGAGCACUUGUAGCAUGCUCGCAUGUUGGUGCGUGCCUAUGACCGUG